AUGGAUUUGAUCAGGAAAGCCAGCGCCAAAGCCAGCGAGCUUCAUCACCGCAGCAUGUCGUUUUGUGCCCAGACCCUUCAGUGGAGGUUAUCGACCGCGUCAUGUAUUUACGUGAUCAUAGCGAACUCACUAUACUGGACUUUCGUAUUUUGUGCUGACAUGUACUAUCAACGGUGGCUGCUUGAUGCGCUGACGAUGUUCCUUACUUCCGAACUGCUUAUCAUCCCCUUGUUUUCAGUUUACCAUCCACUGUUGAAAUUGUUGGAUUAUAGACGGCCUGAAGGGGCAGUAAAAGAAAGACCAGCUUCUGAAUAUUCCAAUUCCCGUUCCCUUUUAAAGCAGGUCUUCAGGGUAAUCAUCAUGGCUCCGUUCAACAAUUUGAUCUGUCCGCUGCUACGGUUAGUUCAGUAUAUCAUUUCGAACAAAACCGUGAAAGUGUUUAUUCUGGCCGCCUGCUUCGAAAUAAAGAUACUGAUCGCCCGUUUUGAAGAAGACAAAGCGUGUUUGCUCGCUUAUGCUGCAGUCCUGUUGGUCCUCGUCUCUCCUCCGUGGAAGUACUAUCAAGUAAAUCAGAAGAUAAUCGGCACAAUAUCCGGCUGCCUAAGCUCAAUCAAAUCACUGUUCGUUACUAAACUUGCUCGACCGACGUUUUAUUUCGUUUUCAAAUUUUCUUAUUGUUUGCGGUAUGUAUUUUGUGGAUGGUGGCUGUUGCCACUGAUCGCCUGGUUCAGAAGAAGCGUCGUCGAUCCGCUGUGGCAGGGCUGCACGUCGUGCUGUGUACUGCUGAAGUACUAUGCGUGCGGUGGAUGGAUUCCGUCCGUGAAACACAGACUCUUCUUUCUGUACACCGGCUUUGUUUCGUUUGUUAAUUACCGGAUUGCCUGUCCGGUAGUCGCUUUGUGCUGCUCUGUCAAAAUCUGGCUGGUUUACAUUAUUACACUUCGGUGGCUGAUCGAUCUGGUCCAUUUGUGCUUGGAAUCGCUAAAAGCCGCCUAUCGAAAGCGUUGCUUACCCCGCCUCCAUCAGUGCUCAGCGGCUGUCAUUAGCGUCUGGUGGACAGUGUACUACGUGUGCUCCGGAAUGUGGCUGGUGACCGUUGUCAGGCGCUGCCAACAGCUCUCGCGCGCGUAUUCGACUCACGUUGUGACUGCGUUGUUGCGUGCUGCCAAAUACACGUUCUACGGCAUUUGGUUCGUUGAUCUGUGCAUGUACAUAAAUGCGUCCAUUUUGUCGUUGGUGUCGCGCAUGCAUCAACAAUUGCUGAUGCCCCUGUCGUUGGCCGUCGAGGCACAUCUGUACUCGCUGGGACACCGCACUGUCAUCUUGUCCAAAACGACGCUGCUGCAGCUGAAAGUGUUUUUCUUCUACCGCCUUCUUUUACCCGGAUUCUACUCCACCAUACUUAGCAUCUUCCUUAUUCUUCAGGCGAUCUACGCUAGCGUGCUCGCGCCGUUGUCGCUGAUGAUUUUUGAUGCAGUCAAACGCUUCUGGCUUUCUUCCGGCCGAGAUGCGAUGCAGAAAGUAGUCGCUGUUUUGCCGGAGCGAUCGUUCUUCGUUGAAGAUAGCGAUUCGGAACUCAAAGACUUUCUGCCGGAUGAGGCUGAAGAAGCCAACAGUGGUUCUCGCCGAUCUUCUGUAUCGUCCUCUUCCUCGAAGUCGAUCUAUGACUAUUUGACGGAAACACGGUCUUUGCCGACUUCAAACGAAGUUAAAAGCUCGAAUCGGAGUUCUGUAGAGUUUGAGAGGGAGUACAGUAUCGCUGUCUCUGAGAGCGAAACUUCAUAUUCGGACGAAGAAGAUGCGGAAUUACGUCUUUUGUCGUCAUCGUCGAAGCAGGCGUCACUGAAGUCCGUUUCUUUUAAUGGAGGCAGUGACAUGAGGGAAAAUUCUCAGGUGUCUCCGUCAUCCACCGACUCUCUGUUUAAUAUGGAGUUUCAAGAAGAGAUGACGCCAAUUGGAUCGUCUUCUUUGAAUCCUCGGUCGAUCUUUUCAUCCAGCAGCGAAAGCGCGUUGAACAACUGUUCACGGAAAAAGUCAUCGGGCGGCGCUGACAAUAGCUCACUUUCUCACGGCGCUUUCCUCCAGCAGAGCGGUUCGUUCGAUGUCAAGUUGGAUCCAAGGAACCAAGAAAUAGAUGGUACGGUUCACAGCGACUUUGAGCUGCUUGAGCCUGAUUCAGACAGUAGCAGUAACAGCAGCUGA